AUGUGCCAGCCGCGAAAAUUCGGCUAUUUGCGUAUAGCAGAUCGAAUGGAGGCAGAAAAUUUUCGAGCCAUCGCCAACUUGGUUGAACAAUAUCUUGGAUCAUAUCCGAAAAAGUCCCUCUCAAUUGCUGUCUUCGGCCCACCUGGUGCCGGUAAAUCCUUUGGUGUGAAGGCCGUAAUCAAAUCCAUCGCCGAAGGACAAAAGAAGGUUGCUGAAGUGGUGGAGAUCCGCGACACCGGACUGUCUGGCAAAAUCCCUUGUGUUUUAUUCGAUGAAUUCGAUACUCCAUUUGACGACAGCCUCAUGGGGUGGCUUCGCUAUUUCCUAGCACCCAUGCAGGAUGGGGAAUUUUUGGAUCAAGGAAUCAAUCGUCCACUUGGGCCUGCCAUCUUCGCUUUCGUUGGGGGCACCUGCGAGAAUUUCCGACAGUUCUACGAUUCUCUCAAGUGCGGCUACGCUAAGGCUUCCAAAAUCCCAGACUUCAUGAGCAGGCUGCGUGGAUACGUCAACAUCCGUGGGCCAAACGAGUAUAAUCCGAGGACACGGGCUGAACGUCAUCGUUCCAGCGCUGAGACUCCCUCCACCGAAGCCUCUGAUGACCGUGGCUCUCAAGCCGAAGAUUUGGACGUUGAGUUUUCUGAUAUCCUGGGUUUCUCUAAUAAUGCGGUGCCUUCUGUCGAUCCAAUGUGGCAGAUUCAACGUGGAAUCCUUUGA